AUGGCAGCCAUGAACGAAGCCUCGCCGCUCGUACCGGCCAAGUCGGCGCCUCUCAACGAAGGCGCGCUUCGUGCCAAGACCAAGCUGCAGUGGGCCUGCCUCUUCGCUCUCGUCUUCAUGUUUGCCGAAGUCGUCGGUGGCUUCAUGGCCGGCUCGCUCGCCAUCAUGACGGACGCCGCCCACUUGCUCUCGGACGUCGCCGGGUUCCUCAUCUCGCUCUUCGCGAUCUGGAUCCAGACGUUCCCCGCGAGCUCCAAGAUGAGCUUUGGCUUCCACCGCGCUGAGAUUCUUGGCGCCGUCAUCUCGGUGCUCGUCAUUUGGGUGCUCACGGGCUUCCUUGUGUACGCCGCCGUCGAGCGCUUCCAGGAUGCCAUCAGCGACAACCCGAAGGAGCAUGUUGACGGCAAGCUCAUGUUUAUCAUUGCCUGCAUCGGCCUCGUCGUCAACCUUGCGCUCAUGCAGAUUCUUGGCCACUCGCAUUCCCAUGGCGGUCACGGCGGCCAUGGUCACUCGCAUGGCGGCGAUGACCACGGCCAUGGGCAUGGCGCCAAGUCCGACUCGCAUGGUCACUCGCACUCGCACGACGAUCAUGAUGACCACGACGAUGUCGAAGCCGGCCACGGCCACUCGCACGGCCACUCGCACAGCCACGGCCACGACGAAGCGCCCAAGAAGAAGAAGCUCGAGAACCUCAACAUCGAAGCCGCGUACAUCCACGCCCUUGGUGACUUUAUCCAAAGCCUCGGCGUCUGCGUCGCCGGCGGUCUCAUCUGGUACGAGCCCAAGUGGCAGGUCGCUGACCCGAUCGCGACGUUCCUCUUCUCGAUCCUCGUCCUCGGCACGACCGUCGGCAUCAUCAAGUCGUCGAUCCACGUGCUCAUGGAGGGCACGCCGGACGGGUACGAGCCGGAUAUGAUCCUCGACGGUCUUUUGGCGCUGCCCGCGGUUUCGAACGCCCACGAUCUGCACAUUUGGUCGCUCAGCGCGGGUCUGCCGUCGCUGAGCGUGCACUUGGUGACCGAAGGCAACCCCGAUGAGGCGCUGCACCAGGCGCAGGAGUAUCUGAUCUCCAAGGGCAUUGACCACACGACGAUCCAGGUCGAGCACGCGCUCAAGACGUACCCGCGCGACUGCAGCGACGCCGGUGCAUGCGGUCAGGGCUCGCCGUAA